GAGAGGUUUCAGGUAGCGGAGAUGCGACAGAAGCUGGAAAGCAUGUCGAAGACACUUGCCGAGCAGGAGGAGCUGAAGGCACGGCAUGAGGCUCGUAUCAAGGAACUAGAGAAGGAUCUCCAGAGGGAGCAGACACAACGUCAAUGGAUGGAGAGAAGCAAAGGACGACUUGAGACAAAGGUGGAAGAGAUGCAGCAAAAGCUGUCGGAUGCACUGGCCGAGGAGAGAAGAAAGGUAAAACAAUUUACGGAGCUCAAGGCACAGCAUGGAAGGGAGAUUGGAGAACUUGCGGAGCGACUCAGGAGGGAGGAGAUGGUGCGCCAAAGGAUUGAACGAAAUCACCGCAGAGAUGUAGCUCAGGUAGAAGAGUUGCAGCAAAAGCUGACGGCUGAGAAGUGGAGAGAGACAAAUCAAUUUAGGGAGCUGAAGGCACAGUAUGAAAGAACUAUUAAUAAACUUCUGGAGCGACUCAAGAUGGAGCAAACAGUGCGCGAAGUGAUGCAGCAAAACCAGCUUGCGAUGGAGACAGAGCUCAAUGAGAGGAAAGCUCAGAUGGAUCAGAUGCAGCUGCAUUUGGCUGAGGAGAAGACGAGGCUUUCACGAAGAGCGAAGAAUCAGUUCCGUUUUCUCCUCCAGAAGAAAGAGACAGCCUCUUACACUCAAGCACUUCGACAGUCCAUCCAGCUGGUAAAGAAGGUGAAGCAGCUGGAAGAACGGCUGGAGAACACAUCGAAGACAUUGGCAAAGGAGAGAGGGUUGAAAACAAAGUAUGAAGCUAAAAGAAAAGAACUUGAAAAGGAACUCAAAAAGGAACAGUCUGAUCGUGAAGAGAUGGAGCGAAUUAAGCAAAAAAUAGAGACAGAGCUCGGUAAAACCAAAGCUGAGGUAGAAGAGAUGAAACGGAAGCUGCAGGAACAGAUGAAUGCACUAUCUGAGGAAAAGGCAAAGCAUGAAACAAGAAAUAAAGAACUUGGGGAGUUCUUCAAGCAAGAGCAAUCGGUAGCUGAAAUGUGGCAAAAACUGGACAAAAUGUCGAAGACUCUUGCGGAAAAGGAGGAACUGAGGGCAAAGCAUGAGGAUCGCAGCAAAGAACUAUGGAUGAAUCUCCAGAGGGAGCUGAUCAUACGUCAAGGGGUAGAGCGAAGCAAACAACAAAUCGAGACAAAGGUCAAGAAGACAUCUGCAGUCCAGACAUGGGUUUCUCUUUUUUUCGAGCUUAAUAUUUCAAGUAUUUUCAUGAUCCGCUUCGAUUUCACCAUUGAGGCUCAACGUUGGACGUACGGGAUCGAGAAAACUAUAUGCCCCAUGCAAGUGGAAAACGCCACACGGGGCGAUCUGCACGCCUUGUUAGACAAGUUGGACGAGAAGGAUCUUCUCUUAAUCCAUGUCUAUCCGCACGGAAAUGUAAAGACGAGAGGAAUGGAAAAGACGCAGGGGAGACUUGUUGAGAAGAUCAUCCUGGAUGCGGAGUUGGAUGAGGACUGGACUCAAAAGCUCUCGGGUACAUUGGCUGAGCAGAGGAAAAUGGCAAAAGAAUUUACGAAGCAGAAGACAGAGCACGAAACGAGGAUUAAAGAACUUGAGGAGCUACUCACGAGAGAGCAGACGGUACUCGAAGAGAUGGAGCAAAAACAGCGCAUGAUCGAGAUAGAACUCAACGAAAGGAAAUCUCAGGUGGAAGAAAUGCAGCAGCAGUUGCUGCAGCAGAAGACACAGCUUAUAGAAGGAGCGAUAAAACAGUCUCCUUUCCUCCUAUGGAAGGAAAACACAGUCUCCAGCACUCAAGAUGGAAAACUUUCUGCACAGUUGACUCAGUCGAUGCCCAGAUGCCCCAUGCAAGUGGAAAACGCCACACGGGCCGAUCUGCACGCCUUGUUAGACAAGUUGGACGAGAAGGAUCUUGUCUUAAUCCAUGUCUAUCCGCACGGAAAUGUAAAGACGAGAGGAAUGGAAAAGACGCAGGGGAGACUUGUUGAGAAGAUCAUCCUGGAUGCGGAGUUGGAUGAGGACUGGACUGUUCACUUCUUUGGGAUAGAGAGGAAGGGUUAUUAUUGGAUUAUGGCAAUGCCCCAGAAAUGCCCACCUCUCAUUAUUGCGGCUCAAAAUGGGUAUGGCAUCAUUGUCCGGCUCCUUCUCGAGCUCGAGCACGAUUUGGAAGAAGAGGCUACGGUGAAGAGUCAAUGGGAGACAAUAGAAGGUGCCAGCGCCUUAUGGUGCGCAGCUGCAGCUGGUCACUUAGAAGUGGUGAAGACGUUGCUCGAGCACGAUUUGGAAGAAGAGGCUACGGUGAAGAGUCAAUGGGAGACAAUAGAAGGUGCCAGCGCCUUAUGGUGCGCAGCUGCAGCUGGUCACUUAGAAGUGGUGAAGACGUUGGUGAAAGCAGGUGCAGAUGUGAAUCAUUCGACAAAAACUAAUUCUACACCGUUAAGAGGAGCCUGUUUCAAUGGCAAAAUGGACAUUGUUGAAUACUUGGUUGAGCAAAAGGCCAACGUUAAUCUUCCCAACAAAUUCAACAGUACCUGCCUCAUGACGAGUUCUUUUCGUGGGCACCUUAAAAUUGCGCAGUAUCUUCUGGAACACGGCGCUGAUCCAAACUUCAAGGACAACAAUGAAAGGACAGCCCUUCACUACGCGGCUCAAAGUGGGAAUGUGGAGAUAGUAUAUGAGCUCAUAACCCACGGAGCGAAAAUGAUUAAUGAUAAGUACGGGAUGACACCUUUGCUCUUGGCGGCUGAACAUAGUCAAGAGGCUGUCGUCCGCUACUUAAUGCAGCGUUUCAAAUUCAACAUAGAACGACACAUCGAGGCCCUAGAGCUCCUUGGAACCUCGUUUGCCAAGCAAACAAAUAACUACCACCCCUCUCUCUGUAGUGCAUACUACUAUCUCAGGAAAGCGAUGGAAGAGCGCCUGAGUGGUGCCAGGAACCCUUUGGAAAAGCCCAUCAUCGAGCCGAUUGCGGCAUAUGGCUUCCACCGAGAAACAAGAACUCUAGAAGAGCUGGAGGAGAUCCAGUUCGAUGCAGAUACUUUACACAUGGAGAUCCUGAUCAUUCGAGAACGGAUUCUCGGUUCAAAUGACCCACAACUAGUCUAUCCCAUCCAACAUCGAGGCUCGGUGUGCGCAGACAUGGCCCAGUAUGAACGAUGUAUUGCCUUAUGGACCCACGCCUUGGAACUCAAGCAGAGGAUCUGCAGCUCAGUGAUGGACGACCUCCUCAAGAUUCUACAAUUUUUCUCCCUGAUGCUGUCUGAGGAAGUGAAGCUGGAUCCAAGCCACGUACUGUGGGUCCUGUCGGCAUGUGUCAAAGAACUCGAGCGCAAUCACCAGCAACUUCGUUCUCUGUCUUUAAAUCCUGAGUACGUUAAUAAGGCCGCGAAAGAGCUGGAUAGCAACAUGCACACAGUGCUAAACCUGUUAGUGAUAGCAAACAAAUUGGAGUUACGAAAAACGGAUGUAAGGACCUCUUUGUUCCUCCGGCAAAUAAUUAAUCGUCUGAAUCGCAUCCCGUUGAGAACAAGCAAGGGACAAAGCCUCCUUCAUUUGGCCUGCUCUGACUCGACAAAUAUUGAUGACAUAAACGUCAAUCGG